AUGUUUUUGUCUGAAUCGGUGCCACGCGAGUUGCCUAAGAUCAAAGGCACUCGACAUGAGAUCGAAUUGAAACCUGGUUCGGAGUACUGUGUCAUGAAUCAGUGGCCACUGCCUCGUGAACAGGUAACAGCGAUCGACCAAUUCUUUUCCGAUCGUUUAGCGGCUGGUCAUGUGAGAGAAUCAACAUCUUCACACAGCUCUCCGACCUUCUGUGUGCGAAAGGCCAUAGGAGGGUGGCGGAUUGUGCACGCGUUCAACAAACCGAACGCUGCCACGGUACCGGCUCAAACGCCGAUCCCAAGAAAGGAUGUCAUCAUAGAUGGUAUGGCAAAGAGUACCAUCUUUUCGUCCAUGGAUCUGAUGAAUGGAUUCUAUCGGAUCCUCAUGCGUGAACGGAACAUCCCUGACACAGCAGUUAGCACCCCCAGCGGUAUGCUCUGGGAGUGGCUAGUAAUGCCACAGGAACUAAGUAACGCCCCCACAACGUUUAAUAGAUGUGUUACGAACCUGUUGCGAUCGGCGCGAGAUUUUGCACCGAGUUACUUUGACGAUUUCUUCGUCCAUAUUCGACCUAUGGAUGGAAAGACGGACGUGGAGGCUCAUCGAAUCCACGUCCGGGAUAUUCUUACACUUGUGCGUGGGCAUAAGUUGCUCGCGAACCUCAAGAAGUGUAUAUUCGCAGCAAACGAAAUAUCAUAUCUUGACUGCAGCGUGGGUAAAAACGGUGUACGCCCUGAUCCGGAAAAGAUCAAGGCGAUUAGCGACUGGCCUGUGCCAGUCGACGUCAAGGUACUUCGAAAGUUCCUUGGCGGUGUACUUGCACAAAUACUCGCGCAACUAUGCCGAGAUGACCGUACAUCGCUUUCGUUUGUUAAAGAGAAACGAGAGGUGGUCAUGGAGCGCUGA